UGCCCGUUCUUCCCAAGUUUUGGAAAUGUUUUCCGAAGUUGUGCAGCAACCACAAUUAUGGACCUUCUCGUGUACAAAUCUUUGAAACGGCGUUCAAUUUUUCACCUAAAAGAUCAGCAUACAAGUAAGAUGUUCUUGUUCGUCAUAAACGCUGCUACGAUGGAUGAAUCUCAAGAAAAAGCGGUGGAAAUGUUUCGAUCGCGGAUUUUAACAGAUGCAACACCCAGAGACAAUGCAGCCCGUUAGCUUGCGGCUCUCCUAGGCGAGAGUGGCACACCAAAUUACAAAUGCUUCAGGUACACUAUAUCGCGAAGGGGGUUACGAUAUGGUCAUUUAUCUUGAAUAUCCAAGUGUCGUGUUUGUGUCCUCCUCCUUUUACGUUACAUUCCUGUUGGUGUCACAAUGUAACCCGGCGUGCCAGUGUUUUGGAGUCCAGUGCUGGACACCAGCCCUGUUAUGACGGCACAUCUCAGGACGCACCCUGGUACAGGACACGACCACCUCCUCCUUUCUCGGAGAAACAAGAGAGCCUCUCCUGUGUCCAUGCAAUGCAACAUGCCCCUGGUGGGAAAUCAGCAGAGCUGAUGUUGAGUAGGAUGAAUGGUAAAAUGGAAAUCACUUGGCCCAUGGUGUUGCCAGCAGAGGGCCCACUCGCUUCUUCAGCCCCUGCUGGUCCAUGGGGACACUCCUUUUACACUAUAUUUACCUACAUGUCAAACAUCGUGCCCCUCCGGAGCCGCAGAAGCACACUCACCAGAUACAACCCGGGCCACACUCUGCCUCAGGUUCAGAGUGGGGCACCUCCAUCUGCAUUUGCGGUCAAAUUUCACAAGUGUGCCCAGGUGAAGCGAGACGCUGACCCUCCUCAGCUGACAUUCUUCCUGCUGAUUCACAACAUGGGCCCAUUGAGUGGCACCAACCUGUCUCAGGUGGCCAUCCGGGACUCCAUCUCUGGAAUAGUACCAUUAAAAACUGAAGGCCGAGUGGUGGAAAGAGGCUACCAGACGUUUGCCAUUGAUUCACUGUCUGCUGGAUCCCAAGUUGUUGUCAAUUAUACUGCUCACAUAAGGAGUCAUAAGAGUGAAGUCCUUGACCUUCCAGCUUUUCUCACCUUCUCUAACGCCUCACAGAAUGAUGUCAGUAUGUUUGGCCCAUUAAAAGCUAAUCUAACCUUGAGGGUGAAUUCCACAGACAGGAUUUAUCCUAAUCAUGGGGUCCAUUUUGCUGGAUUUGUUGCCGGGUUCCUUGUAACGUUGUCGCUGCUCUCAGUGGGGUUUCUGGCCAUGAACCUGAUAGCACCCAGAACCAGGCUGAACCUUCUUCAGCAAAGGCGAAACAGAGGUGAUUCAGACCCAGAGUACGCAGACUGCAACAUGAAUGAAACUGUAAAAGAUGAGGCAAUAUUUGAAGACAAGAUGGUGGACACUAUGGUGCUGGAGGAUCCCCAGAACAUGUACCAGGCUUUGGAUAACCUUGAAAUGUCUACACUGCUGCAUGCCACCAACAACCUGGAGGCCACUCGGAUUCAGAUCUACAAGGAUGUGAUGACCUCCCUGCUGGGUGGCCUGCGGUCCCAGGGCCAGACCAGCGCCCAGGCCCAGCAGAGGCUGCUCAGUGUGCUCCAUGGACAGCUGCUGGGCAUGGAGGGCCGGCUGAAGGAGGAGCGAGGGGCCCGCAUGGCUGCUCUGGCUGGCCAGUGGAACCUGGAGACUCGGGAAGAAAUGGAAGCAGAGCACCGCAGAGAAGCUGCUGAGAAGGCCCAGGCCGAGCUGCUGUGUCAACAUGCAGACCAACAGGAGCUCCUCCACUGCAGUGUCCUCCUGGAGAAGCUGCACAAGCUGAGCCAGAGUCGCCUCCAGCGUAUCCUGUUGGUCAGACAUGAAGAAGCCUCGGCGAAGGUCCAGAGGCAGAUCGUUGAGUGGCGCCGGGUGGAGCUGCACAAGAUUUUCUCUGAGGAGCUGGAGGAGGCUACCAGGAUGGGCGAGUUGGUGAAGAGUACAGCCAGGAGUCUUCAGCACGAUUAUUUUGCCUGUCAAGAUCAGCUUGAAGAGGUGCUGGAUGUGGUCCUCGCCAACCAGCGCUAUGUGCUAGCUGAACGCCAUGCACAGAGGAAGUUCUUGGUGCACAGCCUUCACAGCCUGAACAGCCUGAUUUCUGACACCUUCUCCAGCACCUCCAGCAAUUUGGACAGCUGGUUCACUCACAUCAGGAGUUGUGUUUGCUUUCAUCUCUCCACCAGAGGGAGCAUCGUACCUGCAGAGCAGAUAGACCAGCUACAGGAGAAGGCCCAGAAAGAGCUGUUGAUGGUGAGGCAGAGACUAGAUGAGGCACUGAGCGAAGAGAGGAGAGCCAUGCGCUGUGGACUGAUCAAGAAGAGGCGGGAGCUCAUCUCUGACAUGCUGCGGGUCCAGAAACAGAGACAGAAGGAUCUGUCGGGUCUGUCCAAGGGUCUGGAGGGAAGGAGUGAUGUAGCCCAGCACCUGCACUGCUGGCAGAACGUACUGACAGCUCACAGUUUGGAGCUAGCCGAGCUCAUCAACAACCUGGAUGAAGAGGCUGCUGCCGACAUCCGCAAGGUGACCAUGCGCGUUAUCCAGGGUGCCAUAACAGAAGUCAAAGCCGUCCAGCCCACUGCGACCCAGGCCCUGCUGACACUCUUGCCCCCAGGUGCGCAAUGCUCCCAGCUGCAGGUGGAACCAGAGGCAGGACCAGGCCAAGCCCAUGGACAAGGAGCGAGCGGUCUCCUGCAGGGCCAGGAAAGGUUGCAUCAGGAAGGCAAGGCAGCCUUACGCAUCCUCAGCUACACCAGGGAGGCUCUGCGGGAAGCCAUGGAGAGAGAGCUGCAUGAGCAGAGGGAGCUCAGGGCACACUGCAGGGCUUUCUUCAGUUGUUUGUGUUCGUCCCAAUUGACUCUGUGUGAAGAUGACCGGCUCAGGAUGAAACUAGAGUUUCAGAAGUGUCUGUCUGUGAUGGACCGCUGCCUGGUGCUGCCCCACGCUGUCUCCAGAACCAAACUCCACACCGCUCUCGCAGCUUGGAGAAAGGAGAGCGAGCAACUAAUGACAAACAUGCAAUCCAAGGGGAAAACCGGUGAGGCCAGACAGAAAACAGACACAUCUGACCUGCUGCUUUUCCAGAGAAGACUUGAGGACAGAAUCCAACUGUUUGAGAAGGAGAAGGAGAUGGAGAGCGGUGUCAUGAACAAGGUGAUGGAGGAGAUGCAGCGGGAGAGAGAGGAUGAUCUGCUCUCUCAGGCCGACAGCCUGGCGAUGCAGAUGGCUACCAUCCACUACCAGAAGGCUGAGAGGAGGACCAAGGUCUUGGAGACCUCCCGAGCGAUGCUCACUCUGCACAGCCUGCUCAUUCAGCAGCUCCGAGAGAGAAAGAGCCUGGAGAGACAAGAUAUGGCCCAGAGUAUUCAGAGCCACUGCUUGGGCCUAGAGGAAGCAGAACAGCAGCUUCAGAAGGAGAGGACAGAGUUGGACAGCCUGCAAUUGUCUCAGUCCAGAGCUGAGUCAAAUCCAACACAGAAAGAGAGGGAGGACUCCGAUGAGGGAGGGGAGGAAACCGAGGAGGAGAGGCUGUUUCAGCUGCAGCGGGACUGCAGGAUGACGACCAUCCUCCACGAGGCGCUCUACAAGUGUGAAGAGGUCAUCACACUGUUGGCUGAGAGGUUUCAAGAAAUGACUGCCAGCAAUCAAGCCAUAGAAGAUUUAAGAGAACAGAUGGGGCUGAAGAGACUUUAUGCAAACUGUGACCAGGAUUUGGACUUUGCAUCUGGGCUGGUGAAGCAGAGUCAGCUGUCUACUGAGCUUCUCCUGGAGUCCCUGCGUCUCCUCCUCCCCACCCUCCCUGAAAGUGAACUCCUUUCCAUCACUGACGCCCUCUGCCCCAAACAGCACGCCGUUUCAUCGUCUGCAGAGCAGGAACCCUCAGGGUGUGCCGAAGGGUUGAACAGACUUCUUCCUGUCAAACUGAGAGAAGACGUAGUGCGUAAAAAUAUGCUAAAUAUGCUGAGCUGCACUGUGGACAGAGAGAGACUCCAGGAAACGAGACAAAGUCUGAUGGAAAAACUGCUCCCCAGAUCCCGCCUCCUGCUUCCCAGAGAUGUUGCACUGCUGCUGGUGGAAGAGAAAGCAGAGGAGGAAAGUUUUACCAAAGCACAACAGCCUGUUUGUAAAUCAGCCAUGACUGAAAACACAGUUACAUAUCAGCACAGUCGCACUGCAAAAGAAAGGGUUGUGGACACAGUGAGUGAAACCUUACACAGCAGAGCAGAGGAAUACAGGAUGGCAGCCUCUGCCACUGGAGAACGGUUGUUUGUGUUUCGGGAUCCACCUGAAUCAUGUGACCGUGUUGAUGCCCCUAAAAGAAAAAAGAAAAGGAACUUCCUAAAUCUGAAGAAAGGCUCAGUGGCUCCAACAGACCUACCUUGAGACAUACAAAGAAUGUCUUUUGCAAGGUUUUUUUUAUGAUGAUGGUAAUUUAUAAUGUGAUUAUACUAAAAUCUAAAAUAAAACAAUAGUUUGACUAUGUAGCAAAAAAUAAUCGGAAUGUAUGUAGCAUCUGGCUUUGUUUCUAAGUAAAGGCAGCUGAUGUUUUCA